ACACCACACUUUUGUGUCAUGUCGGCUGACGGACGGUCGUGUGCGGUUGAUUUUUCUCUAAGGCGUGUUUAUGACGUGAUUUAAUUGUUAUUAGCAUAUAACAGGACUUGUUCGUAACAGUAAACAGUGGUGAUAAACAAAGUGUUAAAAUGUUGCGGUAUUUAGUGGAUACAUUUUGGGAUGAAGAUGUGUGGUUGCCUCCAAAUACUACCUGGGAGGAUUUGGCCCCAGGGCCCGAUAAACCCGUGGUUUAUAACGAUCACAGGCACCUUCUGUAUCCCCUGCCUUUAGCAGUGGUGCUAAUAGUUCUGCGGCACAUACUAGAGAAGUACUGGUUUGCGCCCUUCGGAAAGUCUUUAGGCAUUAAGAACACAAGACCAAAGAAAGCACCCAUUAAUCCUAAACUAGAGUUGGCCUACCAGACAUCACCUAAAAUUAAACAUAAACAGUUCUUUUUGAGCAAGGAAGAGAUAUGCGCGCUAGCCAAGCAACUAGACAUGUCAGAACGGCAGGUCGAGCGGUGGUGGCGCCUCCGUCGCUCCCAGGACAAGCCUUCCACUCUCGUCAAGUUCUGCGAGAACGCGUGGAGGUGUACCUUCUAUCUGUACAACUUCUCAUUCGGAAUGUUCAUCCUUUGGGACAAGGACUGGCUGUGGGAGAUAGAUAACUGCUACAUCGGCUAUCCCCAUCAGGGUCUAACGAACGACGUGUGGUGGUACUACAUGAUCUCCUCCGCCUUCUACUGGUCGCUCACCAUGUCCCAGUUCUGGGACGUCCGUCGCAAGGACUUCUGGCAGAUGUUCGUCCACCAUGUGGCCACCAUCAUGCUGUUGUCCUUCAGUUGGGUCUGCAACCUUCACAGGAUUGGGACGCUGGUGCUACUGUCACAUGAUUGCGCGGAUAUAUUUUUAGAGCAAGCGACCAUUGCGACGCGCUUGUGGCGCCGGCGAACAUUUGCGGCAAAGGCGACGAAGUACGCCGGCUACCAAAGGUUCUGCGACUGCGUGUUCGCUGUGUUCACUGUGCUCUGGAUCGUGACGAGGUUGGGGAUAUACCCCUUCUAUAUUAUUUGGAGUACAGUGAUCCGCGCGCCGAUGCUGGUCCCAAUGUUUCCGGCCUACUACAUCUUUAACUCCCUACUGUGCCUACUACUAGCCCUGCAUAUGAUCUGGACGUGGCUGAUUCUCCAAGUCGCAUAUAAGACUAUUAAGGCUGGCCAGAUGGAGGGCGAUAUUCGCAGCUCGAGUUCAGACAUCAGCGACAGCUCGCAUUACUCCAAUCACAGCACGCCCAACCGGGUCAACAAUAAAAAAGACACAUAGAGCACGGCGCGCAGCGGGCAGUGCGCGCCCCUGACUGCUGACGACAGGUUGUACUCGUACGUACCGCAUACCGGCUACUCUUGACACUUAAGAUUAUUUCGACACCAUACUCCUGACUGCUGUUAACGACACGGUUGUACGUAUCGCAUACCAGCUACUCUCACGAUUAUUUCGAUACCGGUUUACAAACAAACCGGUUAAAUUCAUAUACCAUAACAAAAACCGGUUUACUAUCUUAGCGAAUUAAAAAUGGGCUUAAAAAAACUAGAU